AUGAAUGCAGUAGCCUCGCAAUUGGCAAAAAUGACGGAAGCGCUUCCGAAGGAGAUUUCCAGUACUGCUUGGGCAUUUGCGAAGGUUUCAUACGAUGGUGCCAUAUACCAUACCAUUGGGAAGAUUGCAGAGUCGAAGAUCAGCCAAUGUGAUGCUCAGUCACUGUCCAAUUUGGUGUGGGUCUUUGCCACAGUGCUGAUUUGCCCUCAACCGCUGAUCCUAUCCAUCUCACAAGCGGCAUUUCAAUGCUUGCAUACCUUCGGUGCACAAGAGCUGGCGAACACAGUGUGGGCUUUCACACGACUUCUCUUCAUCGAACGGUCGUUGUGUGAUGCUAUCUCCCAGAUGUGCAUCAGCAAGAUUGAGAGCUUUGUAUCUCAGAGAACUUGA